GUCACCGGUCAGACCCGCGCCAUGGGACCACGCAUAUGUGCCCACCGCUAUACAUAAACCUCUCGCCGUCUAGGAUGCCAUGCCGGGCCGGCAGUACACAGCACAGGACCAGCAGAGACGGCGAGACGCCACCAGUACGCUUCGCUGUCGACCUUGUAGUUACGCGCGCGUCGGAGCCAAGAGCGAUGGCAGCGGCGGCGGCGGCGGAGGGGAGGCAGCAGCAGGAGCAGGAGACCCGGGUGUGCGACCUGCCGGAGGAGUGCCUGGCGCUGGCCAUCGCGCUCACCUCCCCGCGCGACGCCUCCCGCUGCGCGGCCGUCUCGCCGGCCUUCCGCGCCGCCGCGGACUCGGACCACGUCUGGCAGCGCUUCAUCCCCACCGACGACGGCUCCUUCCUGCUGCCGGGCGCCGAGAAGAAGAGGAAGAAGAAGAAGGACGCCUACCUCGGCCUCUGCGACGCCGCCAGCGCCGUCGCCGUCGGGGACGACGACGGCGGGUGCUGGGUGUGGCUGGACAGGGCCACCGGCGCCAGGUGCUACGCGCUGUCGGCCCGCAGGCUCAGCCUGCCGUGGGACGACGGCGAGUUCAGCUGGAGAUUCACCCCGCACCCGCUCUCAAGGUUCGGGGAGGUGGCGGAGCUGGUGGAGUGCACGUGCCUGGACAUCUACGGGCGGCUCCCGACGGCGGCGCUGACGCCGGCGACGCCCUACGCGGCGUACCUGAUCUACGACACCGCGCCGGAGGGGCAGCACCGCGGGCUCAGCUUCCUGGACCAGGAGACGUCGGUGUCCCUGGGCGGCAGCAUGGCCGCGGCGGCGCGCCACGCCGUGUGCCUCCGGCCCGACGACGCCGAGGCGCGCAAGUUCAGGGGCGGCGGCGGCGGCGGUGAGGACGGGCAGGUGCGGCGGCCGAGGAGGAGGGAGGACGGGUGGUGGGAGAUGGAGAUGGGGCGGCUGCCGAGCACGGCCACCGGCGGCGAGCCGGAGCCGCAGGAGGUGGUGGCGAGCUUCGAGGCGUUGGGAUGGUACCCCAAGCGCGGCCUCAUCCUUCAUGGCAUCGAGUUCAGGCCCCUCCACUAGCUUACAGUUGCAGUUGUUGUAUAGUGAUAUAUACAUAUAUAUUUAUGCACAUGAUGGGUGGGUAAUUAAGAUCAUUCUCAAUGGAAGUUUCACCAAUAAUAAAUGAGGUGUCACAUACUCUCUC